ACACAGCGGCUCUGCCUGCUGCUGUACGGAGCAGGAGUGCGCGGGUUUACCGGGUGCAAUGCCGGACUCAGCACCCCCCAUUUGCGAGAAUUGUAAACCCGGUAAAGCAACAGACGAGCGAGAAGCAGCGAUAGAAAAAAUGGAUUGCUACGUACGAUGUUGUCGCUGCUUGCAUGGAGGCUCACAGAGGGAAUGUGGCGGAUUGUCGAACGGAAUGGAACGACUUCAGAGCGUGCCAUAAAGAGUCACGGAGAAGAUCUACGGGCGACGCAUAAACUUCCGUGCAGAAUGUUCAGCUCGAUACGGCUCGAUCGAGAUAUGUCUGCCAGUGGGAGCGGAGAGGUUGGAUCUUGAGUCUUGGUAACUGCACUCGGAAAACCGUGGAGCCAUAAGAUCUACUAGACCAGCUCCUUGUGGCCUGAAGGGUGGCCAGUGUUUCAGCUGCUACUUUUGCUGUUGCAUCUCUGGUGUACGGCGUUUGUGAGCGCACUGCCUGUAAGGCCGCCAGUGCUUUAGUCUAGGUGCUUUGGGGCUUUGUCGCGUUCUCCGUGAAAACGUGGACACUGGCAACGCCAUCGUGCAUGCGCAUGCGUUGUUCUACGUACGAAGAAAGCUCUUCCCUCCGCUUCAUUGCAUCUGGGGGGAGAGAGCACCCGCUUGUAGUUUGUUGUACCUACAUAGCUGAGCAAAUACAUCAAUGCGGACUUCCUUGCCGUUGGAUGUUUUGGAGUGUUGCGUUGGUGCUUCCAAGAGCUGCAGACUAGCUAUGUUACGUGUCUUCGAUGCGUAAGAGCUCUAGAACAGCUUGUAGACUCUUGCGGCCACUGACUGUAAUACUGUUGAUGUCCAAGAUGCAGCCCUGACGCAAGGAGUGCUAGAUCAGCUUGUAGUUCCGCCAGGCUGCUUGUAGGAGGUGAUACACCCGGUAUCUGUCGCGCACAGAAAAAGACAGUGUCAACCACGCCCUGCCUCUACGACCUGGUCUGAGUAAGCACCUUGACGUGCAUCCGUCAUCACUCCGUCAUGCCACGCAGCGUACGGUAGUGCCCUUCCUUGUGGAUUUAUCGGCCCUGGUGUUUAUCGAGCAUCCGUCGCACGUCAACAACAUUUACC